AGGUGCUGGGAGGUAAACAACAGGACUAUAAAUAUCAGAGGUUCUGGCGGGCCCCGGCGGAGCGGCUGCUGAGCAAAGAGGAAGAUCAGCCUCGAAGGGGCUGUCUGUGACAAGCCCAGCAAUGUGGAGAAGCCUGGGGAUCACCCUGGCUCUCUGUCUCCUCCCCUGGGGAGGCACGGAGAGCCAGGGGCAAAGCCCCUUCUGUAAGCCACCUCCAGCCUGGAGCAUCGGGGAGCAGGACCCAAUGCUGAGCUCCUCUGGCUCCGUGGUCCUGGUCGCCCUUCUGCAAGCCAGCUGAUCCUUCUGCCUCAGGCAGGCCUCUAGUUUGGAAGACCUGCGAGUAAAGCUGGAGAAAGAAGGUUUUUCUAACAUCUCCUAUGUUGUUGUUAAUCAUCAAGGACUCCCUUCUCGAUUAAGAUAUAAUCUUCUCAAAAAUGAGGUUUCAGAACAUAUUCCUGUUUAUCAACAAGAAGAAAACCAAACAGAUGUCUGGACUCUCUUAAAUGGAAACAAAGAUGACUUCCUCAUAUAUGACAGGUGUGGCCGCCUUGUGUAUCACCUUGGCCUGCCUUUCUCCAUCCUAGAGUUCCCGUACGUGGAGCAGGCCAUUAAGAUUGCUUACUGUGAAGAGAAAUGUGGAAACUGCUCUCUCACGACACUAGAAGAUGAAGACUUCUGUAAGAAUGUGUCUUUGGCUACUGUGAGAAAAACCACCGAGGCUCCGGAGCCACAACACCAUCACCAUCAUCAUCACCAUCACAAGCAUGGGCAUCAGCACAUUCCCAUCGCCCAGCUCCCGGAGGACCAGCAGCCAGCGGCACCAAACGCGUCUGAGCGCGUCCCUUUUCCAGGUCUUCACCACCACCUUAAGCUCGAGAGCCCCCAAACACAGGGUCACCCCGUGCGUUGAGAUGAGCCAGGAAGUGAAAGUUUACCACUCUCUUCUCCACAGAAGAAACUCUGAGGAAAGAGGUGUAUCAAUCAGUUACUCUGAAAGCUGCCCAGAGAGUCAGAGUCAGCCGCUAGCAGCUGAUGCUGACACUGUCGCCAUCUGGUAUUUGAGCACACAGGGUCCGCAAUCACCUGACAGUGUAGAGAAGCCCUCCCCUCUUUAUGCAGCUGAUUGGGGCUUUGGGCCGAGGAGAACGUCAUUGAGUCUUGACAGUGACGCUUGCCUCCCGCUGCCUGACAGGCAGGUCAUCUCGAGCCCACGGAAGCCAGCACCACCUGAAGCUGAAAAACUGAGGCAGAAAUGUGACAGUGACCUUCAAACUAAAUAUCUAAACUAGAAUAUACUCCCAAGUCAGUCUAGACACAAUUUCAGUUAGCAUAUUUAUAAA